CUCAUCAUCCUGCUGCUGGAGCUCCGGAGAUCUGUCCCUGUCCUCCCCGCCCUCGGUGCACCCCAGGCCGCAGAGAUCGGCGCUCACCGCCCCCCAUGGCUUCCUCCUGUACCCCGUGCACAGAGUGCGGCAUGGGCGGGCACCUGCUGGAUGUGGGCGGCGCCUCACUCACCUGCCCCAGGUACAGUCCGGGGAUCCCGAUCACACCGGAGCAUUCACCUGCCCCGACUUCAUCGGACACCCCCGCUCCGCAGGUGCCCCCGGUGCAGGUGACCCUUCUCCCCGGGGCCAUGGGGGGCAAGCGAUUCUCCAAACUGCUCUCCCAUGUAAGAAGACUACCCCACAAAUACCACCUGUUGGGGGGCAACGACCUGAAGGCAGAGUUAGAUGAACAAUGUGAACUGAAGUCUGUGGAACAAGAAGAAGACGUCAUACCUCUACCUGCCAAGGAAGCCAGUCGGCUGAGCGAGGAGGAGCUGCUAAAAUAUUUACACGUCGAUCCCAGCGCCGGACUGUCUGAGUGUUCGGUGCUGCAGCGCAGGGUCAGACAUGGCUGGAACGAGUUUAAGGUGGACAACGCCGAACCUGUAUGGAAGAAGUACUUGGGGCAGUUUACCAACCCUCUCAUUUUAUUGCUGCUCGGCUCGGCUCUCGUUAGCGUUAUAACCAAGGAGUACGAAGACGCGGUGAGCAUUACUGUGGCGAUUCUCAUCGUGGUUACUGUGGCCUUUGUGCAGGAAUACCGCUCAGAAAAGUCUCUUGAAGAGUUAAAUAAGCUGGUUCCUCCAGAAUGCAACUGCAUCCGUGACGGGAAGCUGCAGCACCUCUUGGCGCGGGAGCUCGUUCCAGGGGACUUGGUGUGCUUGGCAGUCGGGGACAGAGUUCCUGCUGACAUCCGGCUGAUAGAGACCACAGACCUACUGGUUGAUGAAUCCAGCUUCACUGGAGAGACUGAGCCGUGUUCGAAGACUCAUGGCCCCGUGGAUGAAGCCAACGGCAUCGCAACCCUCAGUAACACUGUCUUCAUGGGGACACUCGUUCGAUAUGGGAAAGGACGGGGCCUGGUCAUCGGUGUUGGGGAGAAGUCUCAGUUCGGAGAAGUGUUCAAAAUGAUGCAAGCAGAAGAGACACCAAAAACUCCCCUGCAGAAGAGUAUGGACAAGCUGGGGAAACAGCUGUCCCUGUUCUCCUUCGGAAUCAUAGGUAUAAUAAUGCUGAUUGGCUGGCUGCAGGGAAAGCCGCUGCUUAGCAUGUUUACUAUCGGAGUCAGCUUAGCUGUUGCUGCUAUUCCCGAAGGUCUUCCCAUCGUCGUCACUGUCACCCUCGCCUUGGGUGUAAUGAGAAUGGCCAAAAAAAGAGUGAUAGUCAAGAAAUUGCCAAUAGUCGAGACGCUGGGUUGCUGUAAUGUCAUCUGCUCAGACAAGACGGGCACUCUGACUGCCAAUGAGAUGACCGCCACCAAAUUAGUCACCUCCGAUGGAUUUCAUGCAGAGGUUUCUGGUGUUGGGUAUGAUGGGAAAGGAAGCGUAUACCUUAUGCCAACAAACGAAGAAGUUCGGGAGUUCUCAAACGUGUCCAUUGGGAAAUUAGUAGAGGCCGGUUGCGUGGCCAAUAAUGCAGUCAUUCAGAAGAACACUCUCAUGGGUCAGCCAACAGAGGGGGCUUUAUUGGUCCUAGCAAUGAAGAUGGGACUCGGAAAUUCGAGUGAAAACUACAUAAGGAAGAGAGAAAUCCCGUUUAGUUCAGAGCAGCGUUGGAUGGCCGUGAAAUGCAUCGACAAAGCGGAGAAGCAGGAAGAAAUCUACUUUAUGAAAGGAGCCUUCGAGGAAGUUAUCCAGUAUUGCACCACAUAUAACAGUGGUGGGAUGCCUCUGCCCCUCACACCGCAGCAAAAAACCCUAUAUCUCCAAGAAGAAAAACACAUGGGGAGCCAGGGACUGAGAGUUCUCGCCCUGGCAUGCGGCUCGGAGCUUGGAAAGCUUAUGUUCCUUGGGUUGAUCGGUAUAAUCGACCCACCAAGAAACGGGGUCAACGAAGCCGUCCAGAUUCUUCUUGAGUCCGGCGUGUCUGUGAAAAUGAUCACUGGAGAUGCUUUGGAGACCGCACAAGCCAUUGGAAGGAGCAUUGGGCUAUUCAAUGGGCACCUCAAAGCGAUCUCUGGAGAAGAGCUGGACCAGCUGAGUGAAGCUGCCCUCCCGUCCGUCGUUACAAAGGUAUCCGUGUUCUACAGGACCAGCCCAAAGCACAAGCUGAAAAUCAUCAAGGCCCUGCAGCGCACCGGAGCCAUCGUCGGAAUGACAGGAGAUGGCGUCAACGAUGCUGUAGCGCUGAAAUCGGCAGACAUUGGCGUGGCGAUGGGGAAAACGGGCACCGACGUCAGUAAGGAGGCCGCCGAUAUGAUCUUGGUGGACGAUGAUUUUUCUACUAUCAUGAACGCUAUUGAAGAAGGAAAAGGAAUAUUUUACAACAUCAAAAACUUUGUCCGGUUUCAGCUGAGCACGAGCAUCUCUGCCUUAAGCCUGAUCACCCUGUCCACUGUCAUGAAUCUGCCAAACCCACUGAACGCCAUGCAGAUCCUCUGGAUUAAUAUAAUCAUGGACGGUCCGCCUGCUCAGAGCUUGGGUGUGGAGCCUGUCGAUAAAGAUGCCAUCAGACAGCCACCCAGAAACGCCAAGGAAGCCAUUCUCAGCAAGGCCCUGCUCCUCAAGAUCUUUCUCUCUGCUGCCAUUAUAAUCAGCGGCACUCUCUUCGUGUUUUGGAAAGAGAUUCCUGAUGGAAAAGUCACACCAAGGACCACAACCAUGACCUUUACCUGCUUUGUGUUUUUUGAUAUGUUCAAUGCACUGUCAUGUCGUUCACUGAAUAAAACUAUAUUUGAGAUCGGCGUUUUCAAGAAUAGAAUGUUUUGGGUCUCUGUACUUGGAUCCAUCCUGGGUCAAAUGGCGGUCAUUUACAUUCCUCCUUUACAGAAAGUGUUCCUAACACAAAAUCUACACGCGUUAGAUUUGCUCUUUUUGACCGGCCUCUCGUCCUCCGUUUUCCUGGUGUCUGAGCUGAUAAAAUUCUGCGAGCAACAAUGCUGCAGGAAAAAGACAGCAAAGGUUCUGGAGGAAGAGAUUUAACGCGCACGUCCCGGCCGGCCUACCCUCGUCAACCUGUCCUCCGACACUGUGACCCGUCCCCACACCGUGACUUCCAAGAUCACGUGCUAUUUUACGUAUUUAUGUAAAGUCAACACUGCUGUGUUUUUAAUCGGGAUAAAAAUGUACAUUAACCUGGCAUGUUUAUCGGAAAGACUUGCAAGACUAUGUGACGCAUCUUUGAUCAGCCACAAUAAAAAUAUCCAUAUCCUCAAUACUUUUUUUGUACUUUAUAAUUCAUUUUAAAAUAAAGACUAAUCAUUUAUUUUUUAAA